AUGUCCCUUACAUUGGGGGUCAGUGGGAAGAAUGUCCCUUACAUUGGAGGUCAGUGGGAAGAAUGUCCCUCACAUUGGUGGUCAGUGGGAAGAAUGUCCCUUACAUUGGGGGUCAGUGGGAAGAAUGUCCCUACAUUGGAGGUCAGUGGGAAGAAUGUCCCUUACAUUGGUGAUCAGUGGGAAGAAUGUCCCUUACAUUGGGGGUCAGUGGGAAGAAAUGUCCCUUACAUUGGGGGUCAGUGGGAAGAAUGUCCCUUACAUUGGGGGUCGGUGGGAAGAAUGUCCCUUACAUUGGGGGUCGGUGGGAAGAAUGUCCCUUACAUUGGAGGUCAGUGGGAAGAAUGUCCCUUACAUUGGUGAUCAGUGGGAAGAAUGUCCCUUACAUUGGGGAUCAGUGGGAAGAAUGUCCCUUACAUUGGGGUCAGUGGGAAGAAUGUCCCUUACAUUGGUGAUCAGUGGGAAGAAUGUCCCUUACAUUGGUGAUCAGUGGGAAGAAUGUCCCUUACAUUGGGGGUCAGUGGGAAGAAUGUCCCUUACAUUGGGGGUCAGUGGGAAGAAUGUCCCUUACAUUGGGGGUCAGAGGGAAGACUGUCCCUUACAUUGGGGGGUCAGUGGGAAGAAUGUCCUUACAUUGGGGGUCAGUGGGAAGAAUUCCUCUUACAUUGGGGGUCAGUGGGAAGAAUGUCCCUUACAUUGG